CAGCUUUUCGCUGUCCUCAUGUCGACCCCGGGCGGUCCCGACAGCACCGCUGCUGCCCUUCUACGCGCGGCCUCUGACGGCGACAAAAAAUCCGCAGCUGAACAUCGUGAACGUGAGGUUGUGCAUGUUGUGGUACAUUGCCUCCUCUCCGAACAACCCUUCAACCGCUUUUAUCCUCGCGUCCUGGGUGGUCUCCUCAACCAGCAGCGGCAAUUCGGCAUGUUGAUACGGUGCGCGUUUUGGGACGUGAUGUCCAAAGAAAACCUUACUCGAGAGGCAAAAUCUAACGUUGGCAGGGCCAUUGGCAUGCUCGCAGUUGUCUACGAUUUCUCUUUGGCUGUACUCAAGAAGUUCAACUUUGGUGACGCAUCGGAGGCCAACACCACCCUCUUGUCGGCGGUUCUACAGGAGUUUACCGGUUCCUCCUUUGGCAAAACUCUCCAGAAAUUCGCUCACUUUGCAAGCGCCUACCCAAAGAUGGGUCGGAACCUGAGAAUUUUCAUGCGAAAACUGGGCAACACAUGCAACAACGAGGCUUUUCGUGUCUUCUUAUCGAAACUCGCCUCCGAGUUGCGUGACUUAGUACCUUGA